GAAAUCGAAAAAAAUUCAGCGUCGGCCGAAGAGGCAGGGCGCCGCGUCAUCACUAAGGUGGUGAACAUUCUUAGCGCGCGCAGGGAGAUGGGUGGUCCUGCAGUCUGCAGUUACUUACUCGGCAACCCAGACAGGUACACAAACCGCGUCUUCAAGGUAUUCUUCUGGUAUGCGUACGUCAAGCGCGCGUUACUCGAUACUCGUUCGACCUGCGAUGUCUUGUCGGAGGACAGAGGUGACGAAGAGAGGGUAGUCGUCGCUCUGAACUCAAACAAAGUUGUAGGGCUGAGUAAGGUAAACGAUUACGUGUAUCGUCCUAAAGAGUUUGAGAGCAUGUCUCUGUACGAUUACCUGAGAUCCACUGAUGAGUCGGGAGCGGAAGAUGACGCCGACAACGGCUCUGAUGAUGAUGCUGAAAAUCAGCCAAAUUUUGCCGAGGGCUCGAAGACGUUCAACUUACUACUGGGACAUCCGUUACGAAUGACGCAUGCAGUUCGCAAACUCCCAUCGAAGAUGCACUACGUAUUGAAUUUUUCAGGGGGCGUUCUUCCGCGCAAAGAUCGUGGGGAUAAGGAACUGUAUUCCGCGACUAUGCUAGCACUAUUUUGCCCCCGAGGGUGGCGCGUGGGCGGAGACCUUUUGGGUGCAUGUAAGUCCUGGAAUGAAGCAUUUGAGUCCGAGAACUUUGAAAGUGAUCACGUACAAGUUAUGAAGAACAUGAAUGUGCUGUAUGAAUGCCUGGACGCUAGGGACGAUUAUUCGAACCAAAGAAAAACUCUGGCAGAAGGUGAAUAUACUCGCCCCUCCAAUGGUAACGGCUCGCUAGAAGCAGACUUACCACCUUGUGUAGAUAUGAAUGAAACGGAACACGACAUAUUAGACAUGCUCGCGUUGGGCGAUGUCGAUGCUAAUCCGGAGAGUAGCCGGAAACGUAUGGAAAUGGAACAGAUGACGGAUUUAUUAACAGAGUGCGGGUAUGCUUCAUUUGAGGCCUCGGUAUCGACAUCGCAGGCGGAGGUUGGCCCGAGUGCCACAUUUGCACCUAUCAGCGCGUGGAAAGACAGGAUGGUCAGAGCGAAGGAGAAGGUUCAGGAAAUGAAACGCAGCCGCCAAAGCCGUGUAGACGUAGCUCCAGGGGACGCGGGAGACGUCGUAGUGGUUGACGGCUCCAUUAGUCGCGGUGCGCCUGACGAGGUGCGCGUCGUGACAGCUCAAGAGCUGCUCGAUUCAGGGAAGAUUGACGUGUCUUUGCAGGACGCGAAUAUUCGGACGUUGACCGAUACGCUGACCAUGUUUACCUUGAACACGGAUCAGCAGCGUGCGUUCGUGUUGAUAGCCAAGGCAGUGCAUCAUAGAGACUCACCGCAGAUGAAGAUGUACUUGGGCGGAAUGGCUGGGACCGGGAAGUCCCAGGUUUUGAAAGCGCUGACCAAAUUCAUGGAGUUGCGCAACGAAUCCUAUCGCCUGAUGGUUUUAGCUCCUACCGGGUCUUCCGCCUGCAAUGUGGAUGGCAGCACGUACCACUCCGCGCUGUGUCUGGGUCGA